CUAGGUUCCUGGAUUAGCUUGUGUCGCGCUUCCCAGGACCCAGAUUUGCGGUUUGACUAGGAUAGGAGAUGGACUGUGAUCGUGAGGAUGAUCUUAUUCCCCGAAUUCUCCUCAUCUGCACACCCUCGUUCCUGCUACGUACCAACCUCCCCCAUAUUUCUGUUUUUGUCCAUCACAUUCUCCUUUUACAUCGCUGGAUCCUUUCCUUUCCUCACAACACCCUCUUCCCUGUCGCUUGUUAUCCAUCACUCAACUCUCUGUCGCUUUCUCCACUCAAUUAAUGACCCGUCGACAGCCUCGGGUACUUGCAGUUCGAUUCCCUGCCGACGGAAAGAGCCAUUCCAUGCAGCAGACCUGCUUCUAGUCUGGACCUCGUACAGCUGCUGGGACCUUCUGUGAACAACGGUCAAUCCGAAGCAAUGCACCCAUCGCAUCACUAAAAAGGAGAUGUCUCAUGUGCUGGUCCAAUUUGAAACCUCGUCCUCUAUAUAAAGCUAUGGCGACGCAUCCCAAACGUCCUUUGUCUUUUAUCCAUCAUCAACAAUUACAUCCUUCUCCCCUUCAUUCUUCUCUUCCUUGACUCUCAGACAACUCUU